AUGGCUAAGUUUGGAUUAUAUCCAUUCUUGGUGCUUUUCAUGGUGCUGUGUGCAGUAGUCACAGCCCAAAAUGCAACUGGGAGAGAAGUGGUGCCUGCCAUGUUCAUAUUUGGUGACUCUCUUAUUGACAAUGGCAACAACAACGACCUUCCUUCCUUUGCUAAGGCCAACUAUUUCCCAUAUGGCAUUGACUUCAAUGGAGGCCCUACUGGUCGCUUCUCAAAUGGCUUCACCAUGGUUGAUGAAAUAGCUAAAUUGCUUGGACUUCCCUUAAUUCCUGCAUAUUCAGAAGCAUCAGGGGACCAAGUGCUACAUGGAGUAAACUACGCUUCAGCUGCUGCUGGAAUCCUUGAUGCCACUGGCGGAAACUUUGUUGGCCGCAUACCUUUUAAUGAGCAAAUUAGGAACUUUGAGAGCACAUUGAAUCAAAUUACUAGCAAUCUUGGUGCAGACUACAUGGCCACAGCGCUUGCACGUUGCAUAUUCUUUGUAGGUAUGGGCAGCAAUGACUACCUAAACAACUACCUUAUGCCUAAUUACCCCACAAGAGAUCAGUACAAUCAACAGCAGUAUGCUGAUCUCUUGGCUCAAGCAUAUAACCGGCAGCUCACUAGGCUUUACAAUCUUGGAGCAAGGAAAUUUGUGAUUACUGGACUGGGGCUAAUGGGAUGUAUUCCAAGCAUAUGUGCACAAAGCUUGACUGGAAACUGCUCUGAAGAAGUGAACUUGCUAGUGCAACCCUUUAAUGCAAAUGUGAGGACCAUGUUGAACAAUUUCAAUACUAAUCUACCUGGUUCCAGAUUCAUAUUCAUUGAUACUGCCCGCAUGUUCCGGAACAUCCUUCUCAAUGCUAGAUCUUAUGGGUUUACUGUUGUAAAUAGAGGGUGCUGUGGCAUUGGAAGAAACGGAGGCCAAAUUACAUGUCUUCCGUUCCAAACACCAUGUCCUGAUAGAAACCAGUACGUGUUUUGGGAUGCAUACCACCCAACAGAAGCAGUGAACGUUCUGCUGGGAAGAACGGCUUUUAAUGGGAACCCAGAUUUUAUUUAUCCUAUAAACAUAAAACAACUUGCUGAACUAUAA